CUGGACGCACCGGUCCGGAUGACGCUGACAGCCAGUGUUUGCUGUCCCUUCUCUCUCUUUUAUAGGUUUUGUGCCUUCCCCCAGCAAUUAGUGGCUAGCCGAGGCGUAGUGAUGCCAUGUGAUGCUUUCUGCCUGCGAACGAUGACAUGGAUCACCGCAUCACAGGAGACAAGGAGCUGUACUAACAUGUCUCGUUUCUGGCCCUCGACUGCUCCUUCUCUGCUUUUGCUUGAAGGACUGAGAACAAUAGAACAUAUCCUAGUUUAACACUCUCAAAACCGAUCUGUCAGUCCUCACUUUCGCCCUUGGGGCUUCCAUGGGACGCACAAUACCGCAGUGACUCAAGGAAAUCGUGGUGGAGAAUGCGUUGAAGCAAACUAUCAGUGAUGUGAAAGCUUCCUCUGGAUUCAGUGGCGCCGAAGCACAAGCGGACCAAUGGGUUACCAGGCUGGGCCUAGCAUCAUAGGAAUCCUCAACAAUAUCGUCUCUAAGCAUUGUCGCUUUAGAUCUCAA